GGCCUGGGACUCCCGCUCCCGUGGUGCCCCGCGCGCGGCGGGCGCAGCCCCCGGCUCCCGCCGGCCCCGCGGCGGCGCUGCUUGUUGUCGUGCCCCGCAGCCGCCCCGCCCCUGCUCUCGCUCCCCUCCCCCCGGCCUUGCGCACGGGCCGCCCCUCCCCCCGCCUCCCCGGCCCCUCUCACGGUGCCAAGAUGGCGGCGGCGGCGGGCGGCGGCAGUUGCCCCGGGCCUGGCUCCGCGCGGGGCCGCUUCCCGGGCCGGCCGCGGGGCUCCGGCGGGGGCGGGGGCCGCGGCGGACGGGGCAGCGGGGCCGAGCGAGUGCGGGUAGCUCUGCGGCGGGGCGGCGGCGCGGCGGGGCCGGGCGGAGCCGAGCCGGGGGAGGACACGGCCCUGCUCCGUUUGCUGGGGCUCCGCCGGGGCCUGCGCCGGCUCCGCCGCCUGUGGGCCGGCCCGCGCGUCCAGCGGGGCCGGGGCCGGGGCCGGGGCCGGGGCUGGGGCCCGAACCGGGCCAGCGUGCCGGAGGAGGAGAGCAGUGACGGGGAAUCCGACGAUGAGGAGUUUCAGGGUUUUCAUUCAGAUGAAGAUGUGGCCCCCAGUUCCCUGCGCUCUGCGCUCCGAUCCCAGCGAGGUCGAGCCCCCCGAGGUCGGGGUCGCAAGCAUAAGACGACCCCCCUUCAGCCUCCGAGUCUAACAGAUGUGGCUCCUACCCCCACAAAGACUCCUGCCCGGAAACGGGGCGAGGAGGGCACAGAACGGAUGGUGCAGGCACUGACUGAACUUCUCCGGCGGGCCCAGGCACCCCCAGCCCCCCGGAACCGGGCAUGUGAGCCCUCUACCCCUCGUCGUUCUCGGGGACGGCCUCCAGGACGGCCUGCAGGCCCUUGCAGGAAGAAGCAGCAAGCAGUAGUGGUGGCAGAAGCAGCUGUGACAAUCCCCAAACCUGAGCCCCCACCUCCCGUGGUUCCCGUGAAACACCGAACUGGCAGCUGGAAGUGCAAGGAGGGCCCAGGCCCAGGCCCUGGGACCCCCAAGCGUGGAGGACAGUCUGGGCGAGGAGGCCGAGGAGGCAGGGGCCGAGGCCGAGGUGGGCUGCCCCUUGUGAUCAAGUUUGUUUCAAAGGCCAAAAAAGUGAAGAUGGGACGAUUGUCCUUGGGACUUGAAUCAGGUCAGGGUCAAGAGCAUCAUGAGGAAAGCUGGCAGGAUGCCCCUCCAGGAAGAGUUGGAUCUGAACAGGGAGAGAAUCCCUCCUGGAGGAAGGCACAGAACCUGGACGAAGAGGAGGGUGAGGAGGAGAGAGAAGAAAAGAAAGAUAAGGAGGAAGGGGAAGAGAAGGAAGAGAAAGCUGUAGCUGAGAAAGAGAUAAUGCUCGCUGAGGAGAAAGAAGAGGCAAAGCUGCUCGCUCCACCCCUGACUCCUCCAGUCCCUCCGCCACCUCCACCUCCACCUCCACCUCCCCCCUCAACAUCUCCACCCCCGCUUUGCCCUCCGCCCCCCUCAGUGUCCCCCCCACCCUUACCGUCCCCUCUCCCGACUCCUGCCCUGGAGGAGCCGGAAGAACCCCCUUCUCCCGCGAUCCCAGCCACUUGCUCUAGGAGGAGGGGCCGGCCGCCCCUGACUCCCAGCCAGCGGGCAGAGCGGGAAGCUGCUCGGGCAGGCCCGGAGGGCACCUCUCCUCCUGCUCCAGCCCCCAGCACCACCACAGGCAGCCUUCUGGAAGAUAGCCCCACUGUGGUCCCCAAAAGUACCACCUUCCUGAAGAACAUCCGGCAGUUUAUUAUGCCUGUGGUGAGUGCCCGCUCCUCCCGUGUCAUCAAGACACCCCGGAGAUUUAUGGAUGAAGACCCCCCCAAGCCCCUGAAGGUGGAGAUCUCCCCAACUCAGAAGCUUCCCGUUGCCUUCUCCCCACUUGCCCCCCAGGAACCAGCACCAGCUCCCUCCCCACCUCGUGCCCCAACUCCCCCGUCUACACCUGUCCCACUUCCUGAGAAGAGAAGGUCUAUUCUAAGGGAACCCACUUUUCGCUGGACCUCACUCACCCGGGAACUGCCUCCACCUCCCCCUGCCCCUCCACCCGCUCCACCCCCACCACCUGCCCCUGUCACUCCACCCCGGAGGCCCCUGCUCCUUCGGGCCCCUCAGUUUACCCCAAGUGAAGCCCACUUGAAGAUCUACGAAUCGGUGCUUACUACUCCUCUUGGGGCCCCAGAAGCCCCCGAGCCAGAGCCUCCCCCUGCCGAUGACUCUCCAGCUGAGCCUGAGCCACGGGCGAUGGGCCGCACCAACCACCUCAGCCUGCCUCGAUUUGCCCCUGUGGUCGCCACUCCUGCUAAGGCCGAGGUGCCCCCUCCCGGGGCUCCUGCCCUGAGCAAUGGGCAGCAGGCUCAGCUACAGCAACCCCUCCAAGCCUUGCAGACGCAGCUGCUGCCUCAGGCACUGCCACCACAGCAGCCACAGGUCCAGCUGCAGUUACCACCGCUGCUGCCACAGCCGCCAACACCUCUGGAAAAAGCCCGGAUUGCAAACCAGGGUCCCGUACCACUGUCUGGUGUAGAGGAGAAGAUGUUCAGCCUUCUCAAGAGAGCCAAAGUGCAGCUGUUCAAGAUCGACCAGCAGCAGCAGCAGCAGCGAGUGGCAGCUUCGAUGCCGCCAAGCCCUAGCGGGCAGAUGGAGGAGGGCAUGGGGACUGUCAAACAGAUGCCAGACCGAGGUUCUGUCAGGUGUGAAGAUGACGCGUUGGAAGCUAAGAGAGAGAGACCAUCGGGCCCCGAGUCCCCUGUGCAAGGCCCUCGCAUCAAGCAUGUGUGUCGUCAUGCUGCUGUGGCACUGGGUCAGGCCCGGGCUAUGGUGCCUGAGGAUGUUCCCCGCCUCAGUGCUCUCCCUCUCCGGGAUCGGCAGGACCUCGCCACUGAGGAUACUUCGUCAGCUUCCGAGACCGAGAGUGUCCCCUCACGCUCCCAGCGGGAAAAGGUGGAGUUGGCAGGGCCUGGGGCAGAGUCCGAGCCUGCGGGGUCUGCAGCCACCCUGGCUCAUACGCCUCGGCGCUCAUUGCCUUCCCACCACGGCAAGAAGAUGCGGAUGGCACGGUGUGGCCACUGUCGGGGCUGCCUGCGCGUGCAGGACUGCGGGUCCUGUGUCAACUGCCUGGAUAAGCCCAAGUUUGGGGGUCCCAACACCAAGAAGCAGUGCUGCGUAUACCGGAAGUGCGACAAGAUAGAGGCCCGAAAGAUGGAACGGCUGGCUAAAAAAGGCCGGACCAUGGUGAAGACGCUGCUGCCCUGGGAUUCUGAUGAAUCUCCUGAGGCCUCUCCUGGUCCUCCAGGCCCACGCCGUGGGGCAGGAGCUGGGGGCCCCCGGGAGGACGUGGCAGCCCCCCCAGGAUCCGAGGAGCCGGACUCCCUCCUACUGCAGCGCAAGUCGGCUCGACGCUGUGUCAAACAGCGACCCUCCUAUGAUAUAUUUGAGGACUCGGAUGACUCAGAUCCCGGGGGUCCCCCUGCUCCCCGGCGUCGGACCCCCCGAGACAAUGAGUUUCCAGUGCCUGAACCUGAGGAGCAGAGCCGGCCCCGGAAACCUACCUUGCAGCCCGUGUUACAGCUAAAGGCCCGAAGACGUCUGGACAAGGAUGCUCUGGCCCCGGGCCCCUUUGCUGCUUUUCCUAAUGGUUGGACGGGAAAACAGAAGUCCCCCGAUGGUGUGCACCGGGUCCGUGUGGAUUUUAAGGAGGACUGUGACCUGGAGAACGUGUGGCUGAUGGGUGGCUUGAGUGUCCUUACUUCCGUGCCAGGAGGCCCUCCGAUGGUGUGCUUGCUAUGUGCCAGCAAAGGCCUGCAUGAGCUGGUGUUCUGCCAAGUCUGCUGUGACCCUUUCCACCCUUUCUGCCUGGAGGAAGCAGAGCGACCCCAGCCCCAACAUCACGAUGCCUGGUGCUGCCGCCGCUGCAAGUUCUGCCAUGUCUGUGGGCGCAAAGGCCGAGGAUCCAAGCACCUCCUGGAGUGUGAGCGCUGCCGCCAUGCUUACCACCCCGCCUGCCUAGGGCCCAGCUACCCAACCCGGGCUGCCCGCAAACGACGCCACUGGAUCUGCUCAGCCUGUGUGCGCUGUAGGAGCUGUGGCGCCACUCCAGGCAAGAACUGGGACGUCGAGUGGUCCGGAGAUUACAGCCUUUGCCCCAGGUGCACCCAGCUCUUUGAGAAAGGAAACUACUGCCCAAUCUGCACCCGCUGCUAUGAAGACAACGACUACGAAAGCAAGAUGAUGCAGUGUGCGCAGUGUGACCACUGGGUGCAUGCAAAAUGCGAAGGGCUCUCAGAUGAAGACUAUGAGAUCCUUUCGGGGCUGCCGGACUCGGUGCUGUAUACCUGCGGACCGUGUGCUGGAGCCACACACCCACGCUGGCGAGAGGCCCUGAGUGGGGCCCUGCAGGGUGGCCUGCGCCAGGUGCUCCAGGGCCUGCUGAGUUCCAAGGUGGUGGGCCCGCUGCUGCUGUGCUCUCAGUGUGUGCAGGAUGGAAAGCAGCUGCAUCCAGGGCCCUGUGACCUGCAAGCUGUGAGUCAGCGCUUCGAGGAAGGCCACUACAAAUCCGUGCACAGCUUCAUGGAGGACGUGGUGGGCAUUCUGAUGAGGCACACAGAAGAAGGAGAGACCCCAGAGCGCCGGGCAGGAAGCCAGACGAAGGGGCUCCUACUGAAGCUGCUAGAGUCUGCGUUCGGCUGGUUCGACGCCCACGACCCCAAGUACUGGCGACGGAGUACCCGGCUGCCAAACGGAGUCCUUCCCAAUGCCGUUUUGCCCCCAUCCCUGGACCAUGUCUAUGCUCAGUGGAGACAGCAGGAACCAGAGACCCCAGAAUCGGGGCAGCCCCCAGGGGACCCGUCAGCCACGAAUGCUUUCCAGGGCAAAGAUCCUGCUGCUUUCUCACACCCAGAGGAUCCCCGACAGUGUGCGCUCUGCCUCAAGUACGGAGAUGCGGACUCUAAGGAGGCAGGACGGCUCCUGUAUAUCGGGCAGAACGAGUGGACACAUGUCAACUGUGCCAUUUGGUCAGCUGAGGUGUUCGAGGAAAACGACGGCUCCCUCAAGAAUGUGCACGCUGCUGUGGCUCGAGGGAGGCAGAUGCGCUGUGAACUCUGCCUGAAGCCUGGAGCCACGGUGGGAUGCUGCCUGUCAUCCUGCCUCAGCAACUUCCACUUCAUGUGUGCCCGGGCCAGCUACUGCAUCUUCCAGGACGACAAGAAAGUUUUCUGCCAGAAACACACAGACCUGCUGGAUGGCAAGGAGAUCGUGACCCCUGAUGGGUUUGAUGUUCUCCGCCGAGUCUACGUGGACUUUGAGGGCAUCAACUUCAAGCGCAAGUUUUUGACGGGGCUUGAGCCUGAUGCCAUCAAUGUGCUCAUUGGCUCCAUCCGAAUCGAUUCCUUGGGUACUCUGUCGGACCUCUCGGACUGCGAGGGACGGCUCUUCCCCAUUGGCUACCAGUGCUCCCGCUUAUACUGGAGCACUGUGGAUGCUCGGCGGCGCUGCUGGUAUCGGUGCCGGAUCCUGGAGUAUCGGCCUUGGGGGCCCAGGGAAGAGCCGGUUCACCUGGAGGCGGCAGAGGAGAACCAGACGAUUGUGCACAGCCCCUCCCCUUCCUCAGAGACCCCAGAUCAUGUGGACCCCCUACCAGAUCCAGAUGUCCUUAUCGCUGGAGGAGUUCCUGAGCACCACUCACCCAUUCAGAACCUGGACCCCCCGCUUCGGCCAGAUCCAGGCAGUGUCCCUCCUCUAGCCCCCCGCUCCUUCUCGGGGGCUCGAAUCAAAGUGCCCAACUACUCACCAUCCCGGAGGCCCUUGGGGGGCGUCUCCUUUGGACCCCUGCCCUCCCCUGGAAGUCCAUCUUCUCUGACCCAUCACAUCCCAACAGUGGGAGACCCGGACUUCCCAGCUCCUCCCAGACGCUCUCGUCGUCCUAGCCCCCUCGCUCCCAGGCUACCACCAUCCCGGCGGGCCUCCCCACCACUCAGAACCUCCCCUCAGCUCAGGGUGCCCCCUCCUACCUCAGUUAGAGCCCUCACACCUACCUCAGGGGAGCUGGCUCCCCCUGGCACAGCCCCGUCUCCUCCACCCCCUGAAGACCUGGGCCCAGACUUUGAGGACAUGGAGGUGGUAUCAGGACUGAGUGCUGCUGACCUGGACUUUGCAGCCAGCCUGCUGGGGACUGAGCCCUUCCAGGAAGAGAUUGUGUCUGCAGGGGCAGUGGGGAGCAGCCAUGGGGGCACAGGAGACAGCUCAGAGGAAGAGGCCAGUUCCACUCCCCGCUAUGUCCACUUCCCUGUGACUGUGGUAUCUGGCCCAGCCUUGGCUCCGGGCCCCCUCCCUGGAGCACCCCGCAUUGAACAGCUGGACGGAGUGGAUGAUGGCACAGACAGUGAAGCUGAGGCCGUCCAGCAGCCUCGGGGCCAGGGGACACCUCCUUCAGGGCCAGCAGUAGGCCGGGCCGGGGUCAUUGGGGCCUCGGGUGACAGGGUCCGACCGCCCGAGGACUUGCCAUCAGAAAUAGUGGAUUUUGUGUUGAAGAACCUAGGGGGUCCUGGAGAAGGGGGUGCUGGGCCCAGAGAGGAACCACUCCCCCCAGCACCUCCCAUGGCCAAUGGUAGCCAGGCCCCCCAAGGGCUGUCCCCUAGCCCAGCGGAUCCCACCCGGACAUUUGCCUGGCUCCCAGGAGCCCCAGGGGUCCGCGUAUUGAGCCUGGGCCCUACUCCUGAGCCCCCCAAACCUGCCACAUCUAAAAUCAUCCUUGUGAAUAAGCUGGGGCAAGUGUUUGUGAAAAUGGCUGGGGAGGGUGAACCCGUCUCUCCUCCAGUGAAGCCACCCCCUCUGCCCCCUCCCACCCCUCCCACUGCCCCUACUCCCUGGACUCUGCCCUCAGCACCCCUGCUGGGUGUAUUGCCAGUUGUAGGGGUGGUCCGCCCUGCCCCACCGCCCCCACCCUCUCCACUGACACUGGUAUUGAGCAGUGGGCCCCCCAGCCCUCCCCGUCAGGCCAUCCGUGUCAAGAGGGUGUCUACCUUCUCUGGCCGUUCCCCACCAGCGCCUCCUCCAAACAAGACCCCUCGACUGGAGGAAGAUGGGGAGUCCUUGGAGGAUAGCCCCCCAGAUCCAGGGCUUAGUAGCAGCAGGCCCCUUCAGGACCAUUCCCCUCUGCUGCCACUUCCAGAAGGUGGGCCUCCCAUUGCCUCUGAUGGCCCCCCGGACUUGCUGCUUGAGUCCCAGUGGCACCACUACUCAGGUGAAGCUUCGAGCUCUGAGGAAGAGCCUCAAUCUCCAGAAGACAAAGAAAACCAGGCCCCCAAACGGGCUGGCCCACACCUGCGUUUCGAGAUCAGCAGUGAAGACGGAUUCAGUGUGGAGGCGGAGAGCUUGGAGGGGGCGUGGAGGACUCUGAUUGAGAAAGUGCAGGAGGCCCGAGGGCAUGCCCGCCUCAGACACCUCUCCUUUAGUGGAAUGAGUGGGGCAAGGCUCCUGGGCAUCCACCACGACGCUGUCAUCUUCCUGGCAGAGCAACUGCCUGGGGCUCAGCGUUGCCAGCACUAUAAGUUCCGCUACCACCAGCAGGGAGAGGGCCAGGAGGAACCACCCCUGAAUCCCCAUGGGGCAGCCCGUGCUGAGGUCUAUCUCCGGAAGUGCACCUUCGACAUGUUCAAUUUUCUGGCCUCUCAGCACCGAGUACUACCUGAGGGAGCCACCUGUGAUGAAGAAGAAGAUGAGGUGCAGCUCAGGUCAACCAGACGUGCCACCAGCCUGGAGCUGCCCAUGGCCAUGCGCUUUCGUCACCUCAAGAAGACAUCCAAAGAGGCAGUGGGUGUCUACAGAUCUGCCAUCCAUGGGCGGGGCCUGUUCUGCAAGCGCAACAUCGACGCAGGCGAGAUGGUCAUUGAAUACUCUGGUAUUGUCAUUCGCUCUGUGCUGACUGACAAACGGGAGAAGUUCUAUGACGGGAAGGGAAUUGGGUGCUAUAUGUUCCGCAUGGAUGACUUUGAUGUGGUAGAUGCCACAAUGCAUGGCAAUGCCGCCCGCUUCAUCAACCACUCGUGUGAGCCCAACUGCUUUUCUCGGGUCAUCCACGUGGAGGGCCAGAAGCACAUUGUCAUCUUCGCCCUGCGUCGCAUCCUGCGUGGGGAGGAGCUCACCUAUGACUACAAGUUCCCCAUCGAGGAUGCCAGCAACAAGUUGCCCUGCAACUGUGGCGCCAAGCGCUGUCGUCGCUUCCUGAACUGAAGCCGUGGUUUGCCGCCAGGGCACACCCCAGAAUCCCUGCUGCCAUCUUGCUCCUAGCCCAGGGGCUCCCUUGUUCCUUCCAGAGCAUCUCACCCCAACUCGUGUCCAGGGUGGAUGUGGGCGUACUGGUGGCAGCCUCUCUUUGAUGCUGCCCCCAACCCUCCAGUCCACCCAGCAAUCGCCCUCUACCUACUCUGGGGGCCCAAGAUGUAGAUACUGUACAAAGGUUUCUAAAUCCCUUCUUUUCUAUGCACUUUUUUAUUUAAGAGGGUGGGAUCCCAGGUGGGAAACCCCCCCACAAUAAAGUC